GGUCUAUCAAGUCUGUGUCAUUUCCGUGCCGUUUUUAUUCAUAUCGAACUGUUUUGCGAGUGUACGUGUUAGACGUCGAAUUUGCGUGCAUAUCCCCUUCCCGUCCAACAUGAUAUCGGCCAGUCUGGUGAUUUACAUGAGUGUGCAUGGUGACAUAACUGCAACUAGUUGUCCUGUCUCUCUUGUCGUCGGACGUCGUGGGUGUCACGGUUUCUUCGUAGCAUUAUUUACCGCAGUAUCAAGUGUCAAUGUUUUGCGUCGCGAUCGUAAAACUGUAAUAUAAGUUCGGGAUCAUAACAUUAUAAUUUUUAAGAACUCCAAAACCCGGACUUCAUAUACCAUUAACAAUGGAAAAUAAAAAUCAAAAAACAGAACCCGGAAGAUGUGCAAAAUAUGCAAAAUACGAAUAUGAAAAAUCGUCUUAUGCAGAGACAUAUGGAGUGUUACAAUCAUUUCGCCAAGAUGGUGAUAUUAAACUAAAAGCAGACGAUAACAAAAUAGUAAUUGCACAUAAAGUGGUGUUAGCCGAUGCUAGUCCAUAUUUCCAUGCAAUGUUCACCAAUUUUUCAGAAAGGAAUCAUGACCUUGUUGUAAUGAGAGAGAUAGAUUCAACCGCUUUACAACUGUUGGUAAACUUUCUUUAUUCUGGAAAAAUCAUGAUCACUGAAGAAAACGUCCAGGAUUUAUUGCCAGCUUCAAAUCUCUUGCAAUUACAAGAAGUAAAAGAGGCGUGUUGUGAUUUUUUACAGUCACAACUGUGUCACACAAAUUGUAUCGGUAUAUACGCAAUAGCUGAUUUACAUAGCUGUAUGAAAUUGUUAACAAGUUCAGAAUUAUAUAUUCAACAACACUUUUCAGAAGUUGUUGGUGGUGAAGAAUUUCUAACGUUAUCAUCGCCUCAAGUAAUUCAAUUGAUCUCCAGUGAUAAACUUACAGUUCCAUCUGAAGAAAAAGUAUUUGAAAGUGUUAUUCGUUGGGUUAAAUAUGAAUCAGGGUCAAGAAAGCGUAUUUUACCCCAAUUAAUGGAACACGUACGUUUGCCGUUAACAUCGAAGGAUUACAUAAUAAAAAAAGUAGCCAAGGAACCUCUUAUUAAGAAUUGUUAUAAAUAUUACAUAAACGAGGCAUUAAAUUUUUAUAGACUAAAGCCAAAUUACCUGAUUCCUCAUAACAUCCGGAAUAAUCCUAGACAUGGAGAUAAGGUUAUCUUAGUUGUUAGUAGAUUUGAUACUCGUGAAUCAUCAAAAUGUAUCAGUACAAAAUUUUACGAACCAAAAAUAAGCCGAUGGCAUGAUGGCCCUGAAAUGAUAACAGACCAUAACAAUCCUUGUCUAGCUGUAGUGAAAGAUAAUUUAGUGUUUGCUGUGGGUGGUUUUAUUGAUGUUUAUCAGCAACUUCAAUCUGUUUAUGUGCUUGACUUAUCUUUCGAAUCACCUUGUUGGAAAUCAAGUGUUGAAAUGUUAGUUAAACGAAACAAUUUUGGAGUUGGUGUAAUCAAUAGUUAUCUGUAUGCCGUUGGUGGACACAAUAUUAAUGAUGGUCCAUUAGAUAAUGCAGAAGUUUUAGAUUACAAUACUCAAGAAUGGCGUAUGAUAACUAAUAUGUCUACUAGAAGAUCUGGCCUUGGGGUCGGAGUCCUGAAUAACCUUUUAUAUGCGGUAGGAGGAUGUGUUUCAUCAUUACAGCCAUUAAAAACUGUUGAAUGUUAUGAUCCCAGUCUUGAUACAUGGACACCCGUUGCAAAAAUGUCUGUACGUCGUAAAGGUGUUGGAGUAGGCGUUUUAGACGGUGUACUGUAUGCUGUGGGUGGUGUAUAUAAAUCUGAAAGUCUGAGGAGUGUUGAAGUAUACAGACCAAGUACAGGAGUUUGGACUACUAUUGCGGACAUGCAUAUUCCUCGAUGUGGUGCAGGAGUAGUUGCAGCAGACGGUUUACUGUAUGUCUUUGGUGGGUGUGAAGACUAUUACCAUAAAGAUUCUACAGAAUGUUACUGCCCCAAAACUAAUACCUGGACCAUAGUUGCACAUUGGGUUCAUAAAAAUUGUAGAGCCAGAGUAGUAGCCAUUAAUAGGCCAGGACAUUUAAAAACUUGUUAACAUUCAUGAUUUUUUUGAAGUAAAACUUCCUUCUUGAGGUGUGAGUGGAAAAAAAAUCGUAAAAAAAACGAAAAAUGAAACAACACGUUUGUUUUAUAUUAUUUAUAUAUGUCCAUAGCUACCAUUAGUAAACAAAAAUGUCUAGGUAUUGUAAAUUACAUAUUUUUUUUAUGUUAUUGAUUUUUCUCACUUUCUCCCUAAUUCACUUCUAAUUUCACUGCCCAAUUACUUAUGAAAGAAGUUUUACUCCCCCAGAGUGUACUGGUGGGCUCACACACUCUCUCACUUUUUUUUUUUUGAUAAAAUAUUUAAAUGUUUUCUUAUUUUGUAAUAUAGUAUCUCAAUUGACUUUUAUUUA